AAGUACACGACAUUCCGCGCGCGCGCGCGUGCCUGCCCGCCGCCGGCGAACCGUGGAGACUCCAUCGGGAAGUGGUGGUGUUGCUUGUGCCGGUGAUCGGUCCCUCAGGAGCCCUCGGAGGUUCGCGGCCCGCCGCAGGAAGGACUCCUUCGCGCCCUACCCCCCACCCCUUUCCACCUGUCACCGCUCCGCCGCGCCUGGUGUCAAAGACGAUGUGCCUUCGGUACGCGACGAGCUGCUCUUCAAGAAAUCGGAGGAGGUUCUAGCGGAGCUAUCACCGUCGAUAUCUCUACGCAACUCUAAGAUGAACCAGACGUGCAAGGUGUGCGGGGAGCCGGCAGCAGGCUUCCACUUCGGCGCCUUCACCUGCGAGGGCUGCAAGUCGUUCUUCGGGCGGUCGUACAACAACCUGGGCUCGAUCACGGAGUGCAAGAACAACGGCGAGUGCGUGAUCAACAAGAAGAACCGCACGUCGUGCAAGGCGUGUCGGCUGCGCAAGUGCCUGCUGGUGGGCAUGUCCAAGAGCGGCUCCCGCUACGGCCGCCGCUCCAACUGGUUCAAGAUACACUGCCUGCUGCAGGAGCAGCAGCAGCAGCAGCAGCACCAGCAGCAGGUGUCCUCGCAGCAGCACAAGCCCCUGGGGCUGCUGGGCCACCCGCAGUUCGACCCGCGGCUGCACCCGCACUUCGCCGGGCUGCACCAGCACCACCACGGCCGCGCCCACGAGGACUUCCCGCAGCACGACGACUGCAAGGCGUCCACCUCGCCGUCCGUCAGCUCGCCCGAGUCCCACCUCUCCGACUCGUCGGCGGAGCUGCUCGCCGGCCUCAACAACAACAAGGGCGACCCGCCGCCGCCGCCCAGGAAGGACCUGUUCGUGCCGCUGCCGUUCGCGUCGCUGGCGUCGCUGGCGCCCGUCUUCCCGCACCACCCGCACCACCCCGCCGCCUUCCUGCCGUCCUUCUCGCCGCCGCAGCACCAGCUGCUCUUCCCGCCGGGCUUCCUGUACCAGCAGCACGGCCUGCUCAAGAGCGAGCACCAGGAGGCCUACUCCAAGAGGUUCUUCCUGGACGCGGUGCUGCACUCGCAGCGCGCCUCGCCGCGGCCGCAGGACGGCGCGUCCUCGCCGCCGCAGGACGAGGAGGACGAGGACCUGGCCGAGGUCCAGGAGAGCCCCAUCGACCUGUCCAUGAAGGGCUGCCGGCUGAGGAACGGCUCGUCGUCGCCGGCGGACGACGCCAGCCUCGCGGACGAGGCCAGCCUGGUUGACGGGGCGGGGGCGGGGGCGGGCGUGGCGGCGCUGAGGAGGGGCGCGCCCAUGGACCUGACGACCCGCGCCUGA